AUGGCUAAUACUUCGAAAAAGCGCCCCCUUUGUGACGAUGCCCCCAAGAAUAUUAAUCUCCAGCAAUUCCUUCUACGACGUAAUAAUCUUCAGCAACGGCCUAAAAAAACCAAGCUUACACCAGAGGACUACGAAAUCAAUAUUCAAAAGCUGAAUGGAAACGGUCCCCUUGCAUCAAAAGAUGCAAGAUGCCACGAAGGAAAACAUCACUGGUAUAUGCCGCAAAUGGAAAAAUAUCUCAAUACGAUCUUGGCCAAGGAGUUCACUUUAAGACGAGAAAAGACAGCAAAGCCAGUACUGGGAGCGGACGACCUUAUCCUCCUCCUUACCCAUCACUGGGCCCGGGACACAUCUAUAUUUCCAACCGAAGAUCAGCGUUUGGCACUUGCGACAAUCAUGCUCCUCCUUAUCUAUACUGGCUGUCGACCUGCCGAGCUGGUUGAUGCAGGCAAGGUGAAAAGUGCUAUCGAUCGCGAUCAAAUAUAUGAAGAUGACAAUUGGGAUGAGGAAUAUGAAGGCUUGGAUGAGACGAAAGAUGAUGAUCCUACAUAUGAGAAUCCAGAGCCUUGGAUCGAUCCAAAAGUCUCCGAUUGCAAUGAUAAAGAUGAUGAGGAGGUUCUUACACAAGAAUACAAAGCUUUCUGUUAUGAAGAUAUCCGUCUUUGGAUUGUCCGAAAUCCUACCCCUGGAGAACACGACCUCCUUGGAAUGGAGAUCACUCUUGCUCAUCAUAAAGGAGCUGACAGGAAACCCAAACCGACGACCUUCCUUUUUCACGAAGAAACUUUGCCAAUUCUUUGUUCUGUUAGCUAUAUCUCAGCCAUUGCCAUCAGGGAUAAUGCUAUCAAGGUAGACGGAUUUACUCACGUCGAACCCUUUUUUGUCAGCAAUCUACAAGACCCUACCAAAGCAGUUCUAAUACACUGGAAACCGGAGAAACUUAAGACACCGAUCUUUCGGCAGGCGGUAUGGACAUUUGAUGGUCUAUCAACAUCAGCAUACAAGGCUCUCCGUUACUCGACCUUUGCCUAUUAUCUUGACCGUCUCGGCUGGACUGCUGGAUUUGCACAGAAGCUCACUAGCUACUGUUUCCGUCGAGGCACUGGGAAUGCUGUAGACGAUACGAGAUUCCCGGCAGCUUCAACCGCUGUACGUGACCAGGUGAUGAGGCAUAACCCUCAGACAGGAGUCUUUUACGGGUCCUAUAUUAACGAAAAGGUCCGGUUUAUCGUCCAAGAUGUGGUGUUAGACCAGCCAACAAACAUCGGAUUUCUUCGUGCCUUUACCCACAUAAGUCUUAUGUGCGACCCGCGUACCCCGAUCAAUAUACCGGAAGAGGUUUUGAAGGCUUUCCCUCCGGAUCCAAAGAUCAUAGAACUUACAAGAGAACGUGAGGAAUACAAAAGACAAUAUGGAUCCUACCGUUGA